CUGAAGUUCCCAGUGAGGGUCAUACUAGCCACUCUCCUUCACCAUUCACACACCAUCUUCCCAAGCUUGCCAUUUGAAACAUCGUUCCUUCAAAUACCCACUCGACGGAGGCGCGACCCGGCUUUGACAUCAUGCCACCCAAGGAGAGGGCUUUCUUCGCAAAACCAGACUACGAAUUGUGGGAGGCGAACGAGGCAAAGAAAGAGGCGUGGCUGAAUUCUAUGGCGAACAACGACGUCCAUCAAGCCGUCGGCAGGCUGAUUCUCAAGUAUCACCCUGGCGACCCUGAGGAGCUGGUCACCCCACGAGGGGGCAGUUAUAAUCUCGUGUAUCGGCUCAGGUACAAGGACGGCACGACCGCCGCGCUACGCGUCCCACUACAACACUACUCCCACUACCCCGAAGAAAAGCUGCUAUACGAGGUCGCCCUAAUGAAGUAUAUCCGCGCGAAUACGACCAUACCCAUUCCCGAGGUCUAUGGGUUCGGCACAGCCAAAGAGAACCCCGCAGGCAAUGGACCGUUCAUCAUCAUGGAGUGGGUUCAUCACCACAUGGACUUGGGCGACGCGCUCAACGACCCCUGUGGUGAACCGGAAGCAAAGCAGACUCUUGAUCCCAACAUAAGCGAAGAGAAACUCGAGUCGUUGUAUGAACAGAUGGCGGGGAUCCUCCUACAGCUGUACAGCCUCGACUUCCCUCGAAUUGGCUCUCUUGUUCUUGACGAUUUGAUCACCGAGAGAAACUCUCCCGGGGGAGGCUCGGCGUCGGUCACAGGCCGGCCAUUGAUACAAAACAUUAAUCGUAUCACGGAAUGGACCUCUGCUCCGCAGGGCCUUCUGCCAUCCAACACGUACGCACGCGCAGAAGAGUGGUACUCCGACAUGGCCGACAUGCACAUGCUCCAGCUCGUCUUCCAGCGUAACUACCUCGUCAAGGACGAAGAUGACGCCCGGGACAAGUACAUCGCGCGGCAACUGUUCCGCCGGCUCGCCGCCUCCGGCAAACUCUCCGCUCCAUCCAACCAUAACGACGCCUCACCAGGACGUGACGGCCCCCCGUUCAAGCUCUUCUCCGAAGACUUGCGCCCAAACAACGUGCUCCUCGACGAGCACUUCAAAAUAGUCGCCGUGAUAGACUGGGAGUUCGCGUACGCUGCGCCCGCUCAGUUCGCACGCGAUCCGCCGUGGUGGCUGCUUAUACGACAGCCUCAUCACUGGGAGGGUGGCAUAGAGGCUUUCAUCGCGGCAUAUGAGCCCCGGCUGCAGACAUUCCUGCGAACCCUGCGGCGGUGCGAGGCCCGCCACGAGGAGGAGCGCGAAUCAAAAGAUGCAAUAGACACAGACAAACCCUUAUCGCAGUACAUGCAGGAGAGCUGGGAGAAGAAGCUCUGGAUUCACGGCUUGUGUAUGCGUAAUUCGUGGCUGUUCGACCAUUUGUUCUGGAAGUUCAUCGAUCCGCUCUUCUUUGGGCCCAAUGAGGAUUGUGAUCAUAAAAAGAGGCUAGAGCUUCUUACGGACAAGGAGAGGGUCGCCAUGGAGAGACUUGUUAAGACGAAGAUGGAGGAGGACGAGGAACUGAAGGUGGUGGAUUGGGAGCUGGAUCCAGCUCGGGAACAUUUGGCCACGUUCAUGGUGUAGUCGUCUUAUUGGCUGACCAUGAAGCAAUAACCAAACAAAGAUGUACUCUAAUCCUGCAACUCACACAACAACCUCUCGUGGUGCCACAGCUGUAAAUCACUGCAUCAAUGCAAGGAUCCUCAACUGCCC